AUGGCUCCAAAGGUUUUUCUCACAGGUGUCACCGGGUACAUUGGUGGAGAUGCCUUCUAUGCGGUCUCCCAAGCACAUCCUGACUGGCAGAUUUCUGUCCUAGUUCGCAACAAAGACAAAGCGGCUCAACUUGCCAGCAAAUACCCCAAUGUCCGGAUCGUGCAUGGAGACCUUGACUCCGCCGACGUCAUCGAGGAGGAAGUCAAGAAUGCAGAUAUCGUCUACCAUUGCGCCGACUGCGACCAUGUUGCUUCUGCCACUGCUAUCACCAAAGGCGCCGCCCGCCACUCCCCCGAGAAGCCCCUCUGGCUAAUUCAUACAUCUGGCACCGGUAUUCUGACCGUCGAAGACUUCCGCGCCAACACCUGGGGCAUUGAGCGCACCAAGGAGCACAACGACUGGGACGGAGUAGACGAGCUGAUGAACCUGCCCGAUGACUCCUUCCACCGGAACGUCGACAAGAUCAUCAUCGAGGCUGGCCAGCGCGCUCCCGACAGUGUCAAGACCGCCAUCGUCUGCCCGCCUACCAUCUACGGCCCCGGCCGCGGUCCCGGCAACCAGAAGAGUGUCCAGGCAUACUGGCUGGCUGCUGCCGUCCUGAAACGGAAGAAGGGCUUCCUCGUCGGCGAGGGCAAGAAUACCUGGCACCAGGUGCAUGUUCAGGAUCUCAGCAAUGUCUACCUGGCCCUGGGGGAUGCCGCGGCGGCAGGAGGCGGCAAGGCCACCUGGAACGAGCAAGGGUACUACCUCGCCGAGAACGGGUCUUUUGUCUGGGGUGAUGUUCAGCGUGCUGUGGCCAAGGUGGCUUACGAGAAGAAGCUGAUUCCGUCUCCUGAUGUUGAGCCGUUGUCAGACGAGCGGGUCACGGAGCUGCAUCCGUUUGGGCUGUAUGCUUGGGGGAGCAACUCGCGCGGUCAUGCCAUACGCGCGAGGAAGCUGUUCGCUCGGACGAAGCUGUCAUGGCUCCAGGUGCCGGAGGAAAGAGGAAGAGAGGCGACAGAUCGUGGUCUGGCGACUCCGGCAACGACGGUCAACGGCCUUCACCCCACCGGCCAGGCAAUCUCAACAUGGCGCAACACAAUCACGGCUCGCAUCCAAAUCACCCUCGCGACUUUCCCGAAACGCGCGGUCGCCAAUGAGAUUCCCAACGUCCCCGCUGGACAGAAGGAUACGGCCAUGUCUCCGCCUGCCAGGGAGGUGCCUGAGGCGAGCCAGACAAACGGGGUUUCGCCGACGGUAGUAGCAGCUAGUGUGCAGCCCUCGCCGUCUCCUGCGCCGAGCUUACAACAAACGCACGCACAAGCGCAGGCGUCCCCGAAGCCUCAGCCACAGUCACUGCAGUCGCCUGCUCCUCCCGUCAAGCCUCCACCGGGUCCACCGCCGCCUUACGAUUACGAAUAUGCCACAGAUAGUGUAGUUGAAGAUUGGACCUCAACAGGAAGACAGAAGGUCAUUACGAAUGGUGUGCAGGCGAGGGACAUGGAGGAUGCGUCAACAUUGGCUUCGAUCUACCAGGAACUGAUCCGAUCUGCAUUCUACGGCCGGUUGUCACCCACGGAGGCCGGAACGGUGAUCAAGGAGAUCAUUGGAGAAGAGGUUGCAGCUCAAGACAUGGAUAUGGUUCACGACGGGCGAUCCUCAACAGUUCUCGACACACGCUCUUUGUUCCUGGACACCCUGUCUAUUCUUACUGAUGCCGAUCCAAGCAAUCCUGCCUUGAGAUCCUUGGUUUUCUCCACAGGAAUCAAUGCAGCCCUUCUGCGCCUCCAGCUCGAAACUCCCGUCCUUCAGACGCUGGGACUUGUUCGUGAUACCUUCACUCGCAUAGGCAUUCGUAAACAAACCAAUCUUCUGUACCGACAGUCCAACUACAAUCUGCUGCGGGAGGAGUCGGAAGGGUACUCCAAGCUGUUGACCGAGCUUUUCACCACUAGCAACAACGAACCACCAACCAGCGAGGUCGUUGAAGAUACUUUCGAGAGGGUCAAGGCUAUGAUAGGAGCCUUUGAUAUGGACGUUGGCCGAGUUUUAGAUGUCACGCUCGAUGUCUUCGCCGCAGUGCUUGUGAAGCAAUAUCGCUUCUUUGUUAAGCUUCUCCGAGCCAGCUCCUGGUGGCCCAAGGACGAUAUCUCCCGCACUCUUGGUGGUGCUGACCGCGAUUCUGGCCUGCCAAAUUGGGCAUUACCAGGUUCCGCAGGGUGGGCGACAACAGACGAGGAGCGAGCUGAGAUCAUGCAAGCCAAUGAGCAGCGAGAUCGGGAGUUUUGGAACAGAGUCAGAGAGAUUGGUAUUCGAGCAUUCUUCGAGAUCGGACGGAAGCCGAUCACUGAAGACGAGAGAAAGCGAAUCUUUCCAGAAAGCACGAAUCUGUCAGAAGAAGAGAUGGAGACACGGAAAUGGAUCGAAGAGACAGGAACCCUACCCCCAAAAGGAAACAGGGUCGCAGCGCAGCUUCUCGGUUUCAAGCUCCGCUUCUACUCGUCAAAAGCGCGGGACAAGUCAGACAUUCUCCCCGACAACCUCAUCUAUCUGGCAGCCCUUCUGAUCAAAGUUGGUUUCAUCUCGCUUCGCGACUUGUACCCUCAUCUUUGGAGACCUGACGAAUUGAUGGACGACCUGAAGGAGGAGAAAAUGAAGGAAAAAGCAGAAAGAGAAAGAGCUGCGCGGCCGGGUGGAGGUGUAAAUGCUUUGAUGAUGGCUGGCGCUCUGUCGGACGAUACGUUACCCAUUCCACGCAUUCGUGGAUCAGAACAACGACCAUCCACUCCUGCGAAGGACCAAGAAGCGGACAAAGCAACUCCGGCGAAGACGGACGAAGAUGACCUGCCAGAGCCCUCAGAUCAGAAGGUCAUGCUGCUAAAGAGCCUGCUCGCCAUCGGAGCCCUUCCUGAGGCUCUUUUUAUCCUCAGCAAAUUUCCUUGGCUUAUGGACGCCUACCCCGAACUCCCCGAAUACAUUCACCGUAUCUUGCAUCACAGUUUGAGCAAAGUGUAUGCCUCGUUGCGCCCCUUGCCGUCGGUCGAGGAGCUCAGGGAACAAAAGCAAAUACCCAGCCAAGAUCAGGGAGGCCUCGCAAAAGGACAGAUUCGGCUGACUUCGGCGCCUCCAAGACGGGUCCUUCGCUGGGCUCAGCUCGACAAGGACGACACAAAUGAUGGGACCGACUAUAGAUUCUAUUGGGACGAUUGGGCCGAUAAUAUUCCAGUCUGUCAAUCCGUUGAUGAUGUUUUUGCCCUUUGUUCGUCGCUUCUCAAUCUGUCUGGGCACAAAAUUGGACAUGACCCCAGUCUACUAGCUAAGCUGGCGAGGAUUGGCAAAUCCAGUCUCACUCAAGAUGACUCACCUGGGAACAAAGCGCGCUGGCAGGAUCUCUGCAAACGUCUCCUGGUGCCUGCGAUCAGUUUGACCAAGGCCAAUCCCGGUGUUGUGAAUGAAGUUUUCGACCUCCUUGGAUUCUUUCCCAGAGCAACAAGGUACAACAUGUACGCGGAAUGGUAUUCUGGGCAGACAUCUCGACUGCCGGAUAUCAAGUCGGCUUUUGAUCAAGCAAGAGCCGAGACGAAGGACGUUCUCAAGAGGCUGAGCAAAACAAACAUACGACCGAUGGCUCGUGCAUUAGCGAAGAUCGCCUUUGCCAAUCCUGGUAUCGUGAUCAACGUCGCCAUCAGCCAGAUCGAGUCCUACGAGAAUCUUAUUGAAGUUGUGGUGGAGUGUGCGCGCUACUUCACAUAUCUCGGAUAUGACAUACUCACCUGGGCCCUAAUCAACUCGCUUGGCCAGAAAGGACGAAGCCGAGUGCAAGAAGGCGGGCUGUUGACCAGUCGAUGGCUAAACGCUUUGGCAACAUUCGCAGGCAGGACUUAUAAGCGCUACUCUGUCAUGGAUCCCACUCCUGUUCUUCAGUACGUCGUUGAACAGCUUCGGCAGAACAACUCCACGGAUCUUAUCGUUUUGGAGCAGAUGAUUAGCUCCAUGGCUGGUAUCAUCACAGAUACAAACUUCAACGACGCGCAAAUUCAAGCUAUGGCCGGUGGCGAGAUCCUCCAGUCACAGACCAUCCUACAACUGCUGGACAAACGGCACGAAUCGAAAACAACUUCGAAACGAUUGAUGAAAGCUCUGACAGUAUCCAAACUGGCCGGUCAAUUGCUUGUUGCAAUCGCUCAGGAACGCUGGACUUGUAUCUACAAGGCAACGGAGGGAGAUUCCGAACUCAAGUUACUAGGUAACGUCUUCGACGAGAUUCAUCGCAUCCUAGCCCAGUAUCUGGAUCUCCUACGCAGCAACUUGUCGGUGGAUGAGUUUGAUUCUUUUGUUCCCGACUUGGCUUCUCUCAUCAAGGAAUUUGGUAUCCAGCCUGAGAUUGCAUUCUGGAUCCGCCGGCCCAGCGUUUCGCGAAAGGUCGCGGAUGCUGAAAAGGCACUGCAAGAGGAGGAAGCAGCAGCGGCGGCGGCGGCGAAAGUCCAGGAAAUCGAAGCAGCACCCAUCAAAACCGAGGAUGACAAGAUGGAAACGACAGAUGAGGGCGAAAUGAACGGCACCGCAGAUGAAUCCGCCGACAACCCCAUGGAUGUUGACAAGGACCAAGCUGUAGCAGCCACCGAGGGAGACAGCCACCCUGCUUCAGGACAACCGACAUCCUCUGGUCCAACCCUAAACCCAGUCAUGCAGGAUCUCGAGGAUCAGGUCAAGUCCGCACUGACACCUGAGACUUGGGGUGUGGUCGGUCUGCAUUUUUACGUCAUUUUCUGGCAAUUAUCACUUUACGACGUACAUAUCCCCCAGAAGGCUUACGAAGAUGAAAUCGAACGUCAGAAGAAAAAGGUCGUGGCCAUCAACAGCGAUCGGUCGGACAUUAGCAUGGCUGGCACACAGCGAAAGGAAAGAGAAAAGAAGCAGAUAACCCAACUUCAGGAGCGCAUCUUGGAGGAAAACAAGGCCCAUCUGAAGGCUUACGGUCAGACAAGGGCAAGGCUACAGAAGGAAAAGGACCGGUGGUUCGCCGGCAUGCGUGGGAAGCAUGAUUCCCUUAACGUCAGCCUGCUGGAACAGUGCUUCCUGCCCCGUUUGCUGCUAUCACCCAUCGAUGCGUUCUACUGCUUUAAGAUGCUCAAGUUCCUGCACACGUCUGGCACACCUAACUUUCGUACCGUUGGGCUGUUAGAUCAGUUGUUCCGCGAACAGAGACUUACCGCGUUGAUCUUCCAAUGCACCUCACGCGAAGCGGAUAAUCUUGGCCGGUUCUUGAACGAGGUCAUUCGCGACCUUGGUCGCUGGCAUGCCGACAAGGCCGUUUACGAGAAGGAAGCUUUUGGCACGAAGAAGGACCUGCCUGGCUUUGCCAUCAAUGUCGAUCCCGAAGGCAAACCUACCACGUUCUUGGAGUACGAGGACUUCCGCCGACUGUUGUACAAGUGGCACAGGCUUCUGGCUUCCGCACUCAAGAUUUGUUUGAAUGGAGGCGAAUACAUGCAUAUUCGGAACGCGAUCAGUGUCCUCAAGGCAGUCGUGCAGCAUUUCCCUGCGGUCAACUGGAUUGGUCGUGACAUGCUCACUAGCGUCAACCACCUGAGUCAAAACGAUGAGCGAGAUGACGUGAAAAUCCCUGCCGCAUCGCUGAUUGGCGACCUGAACCGCCGAGAGAAGAAAUGGAUGCUACCACAAGCCUUCAUGAUUGCAAGCCAACCAGCGGGCAAGGGACCUGCACCAGCGGCUGGAAAACCCGGGACUCCACGACCUCGUUCCACUACACCAGCUCCCCUAAAUGCUGCAGCGCCCGAGUUCAAGCCCCCAGCAUCCACGGAACCUGAAGGCGGCCCCAGACAUGAGGUGACUAAAAAGUUUGAGGUAGAGGAUGGGGAGAUCGAAGACGCUAAGAUGAUGGAUGUAUCAGCCAAGGUCACUGAGACAAGCGAUCAAGCUGCCCAGAAAUCAGCUGCAAAAGCUGAAGUUGCGUCACACCAAGGCGACGAGUCUGCAGUCACCCAGCCUCAUGAGACGACUCGCAGUCAAUCUACGAACGAGAAACCCGUUGCUUCCAGCACUGAGGUUCAUACAGAGGUUGAGCUUCCCUCGCAUCCACGAAUAUCUGAUUCGCCAGCCACAUCGCAGACGGCCACGAAGGCUUCAGAAUCUGGACGCCUUCCUAAUGUUCCCAGACGCCCAGAAUCAGAGCGAGCUCCCUUCAGCAGUCCCAAUAUGCGUUCCCAAUCGCAGAUACCAAGUCGCCCGUUCCGUGGAGAUGACGGUCGGCUGCCACCGCGCUCUGAUCUCAUGGAUGCUCGACGAGACAGGCAGUCAGACUUCCCUCGCGGCGGCCGGUUCGGUGAUCAUGAACAUAGCCGAUCAUUUGACCAGUCCGGGCCAGAAGGCAGAAGCUAUGGUCGUCUCGAAAGAGAAUUUCCUUCCAGGCCCCCUGCAGAUGAACCAUUCCGGGGCCCUCCCUAUCGGGAUGGCCGUCUCACACGUGAGGCGGAUUGGCCUGACCGUUCUGGGCGCAUGCGUGGACCUCCGGAUUCCCGCGAAGCUCCUUCGUCACGGUCUGGUCCACCUGGCCCACAAACGCACCCUGAUCGUGCAGACUUGAUUCAAGAUCACCCUGAUCGUGGUGGAGACGGGUAUCGGCGCGGGGAGCAGAUGCGACAAGAGAAAGAUGACCGAAGGGCUUUGCCACCAAGGGCUCUCUCACCCCCAAGGGCAGACCUCCCGAAUCGUCCAGAAAGAUUCCCACUUGAUGACCGCCGUUUACCCUCUCAUCCCCAAGCGCGUUCGCGAUAUGAGGAUGCACCGACCGGACCCCGCAAUGACCGGCUACCACGGGCCCCUAUGGAUAGCCAACAUCAGACAUCCCGUCUGGUCCACGGGGAAGAAAUGUAUCCGGACGCGGUGGACGCACCGCCUCUGGUUUCUCGCAUGCUGCACCGUCUGCUCCCGCCGGGGCCACGGAUCGUCAACCCCCCACUGGACCAGGUCGCCAAGGAAUGCGGAACUCAGCUGAACAGCCAAGUUCAACAGGCCCGUCAUCGCCAACAAUCGAGAAGCUCGACGCCAGUGGGAUUCAUCCAGACCGUCUCAAGGCUUUGCAACAGCAAGCAACUGAGGACACUUUUGGCGGCAGUCCACGCUCUCAUCAAUCUCCAUCCCCCGCAUCAACUGCUCCGCCAUCCGGACCUCGUGGUGGCCUUGCGCCGCCCUUGGGUCCAUCCUCAAACAAUCGCGGGCUGCCUUCUGGACCUGGUUUGGGUGAACGUGGAAGGGGGGACAAGCGGUUCGCGGGGAUCAACAACAUGCUCCAGCAAUCAGGCGGACCUGGAGACCGUGGAGGCCCUGGCCCACAAAUUCGUGGUCGCGGCGCGAAUAGACAGUCAGGUAUGGGUGGUCCCUCGCCCCAAAGCACUCGACCAGGAACACCGGGGGCUUCGGAAGAGGGUAGCCGAUCGGGUUUAUCCAGUCAAGGCCGUCCUGAUCUUAUGGCUGGCCGGCCUUCGGCCUCCUUUACGGAAGACGGUGGUCCUUCCCAGGGUCGUCUCGGCGGCGGACGAAGUGAGCCAGUGGAAGAAACGGGAUCGGAGUCAAGACGAUCUGGCAAGUUCUCACACGACCGAGAACGUGACCGGGAUCGGGAACGGGAACGGGACAGAGAGCGCGAUCGUGAUCGUGAGCGCGAACGCCGAGGCGGCGGGGACGAAGAGGGGGGACGUAGUAGCAGUCGCCGAGAGGAACAGCGAGAACGGGUUCGAGACUUUGAACGCGAACGUAGCCGUCGCGGUGAUGCUCCGGGAACCGGCUCUCGAGAAGAACGAUAUGAGUCUCGCGAGGCGUCGCGACGCGGAGCCGGCUCGCGCGAAGAAAACCGUCGACGAGACCGCCGAGAGAGGGAAGAGAAUCCCGAAUUUGGACCGGGCAGCCAUGAGCAUGAAGGCCGUCUCCGACCCCCUUCUUCUUUGGGGGGACCACCACCUCCUCCGCCACCGCCGCCACCACCACCGCCCCUUCCGGGUAAUGCGGAGGAAGAUCGACGAUGGGGUGCAGGCGGCGGCGGCAACGGCGGCAACGGCGGCCGUGAGCUACGGGACAGGGAUCGAGACCGGAAUCGCGACCGGGGACGGGAUCGGGACUACAAUCGCGACGGGGGAAGCGGGGGACCUCACCGAAAACGUGGCCGACCUGGAGGAGACGAUGGACCUGGUGAAGGAGGAGGCGGUGGAGGAGGAGGAGGAGGCCGAGGAGGCAUGCGAAUGGGAGGGGAAAACAAACGGCCUCGACGAGGGCAAUGAAUGUGAAGAGAAACGGGCUAGCUUUUGUUACGUGGAAAAGACCAUUGAGGAGCUCACGCUCGGUGAGAAAGUAGCUCUCACAGCUGGGAUUGAUUUCUGGCACACGGCCGCUGUCCCCCGUCUCAACAUCCCCAGUCUUCGCAUGUCCGAUGGCCCCAAUGGUGUGCGCGGCACACGCUUCUUCAACGGUGUCCCUGCCGCAUGCUUUCCCUGUGCAACCGCGCUGGGCGCGACUUGGGAUACCGAGCUCCUGCACGAGGUGGGCCGACUGAUGGCAGAGGAGUCUAUUGCCAAAGGCUCGCAUAUCGUGCUGGGACCUACAAUCAACACUCAGCGAUCCCCACUUGGAGGUCGAGGCUUCGAGUCAUUCGCCGAGGACGGUGUCCUCUCGGGCAUUCUGGCGGGACACUAUUGCGAAGGUCUGCAGGAGAAGGGCGUUGCGGCCACUCUGAAGCAUUUUGUCUGCAAUGACCAGGAACAUGAGCGCUUGGCUGUUGAUAGCAUUGUGACGAUGCGCGCUAUGCGUGAGAUUUAUCUCUUGCCCUUUCAGCUGGCAUUGAGGAUCUGCAAGACUGCCUGCGUUAUGACAGCCUACAACAAGAUCAAUGGAACGCAUGUCAGUGAGAACAAGCAGAUCAUCACCGAUAUUCUCCGCAAGGAGUGGGGGUGGGAUGGUCUGGUCAUGAGUGACUGGUUUGGAACAUACAGUACUUCCGAUGCCAUCAAUGCUGGCUUGGAUCUUGAAAUGCCAGGCCCAACCCGCUGGCGUGGAACCGCUCUGGCGCAUGCCGUUUCAUCCAACAAGGCAUUUGAGUUCGUGAUGGACGAGCGGGUUCGCAACAUUUUGAACCUGCACAACUUUGUCGAGCCAUUGGGCAUCCCAGAGAACGCUCCUGAAAAGGCCUUGAAUCGGCCAGAGGACCAGGCUCUGCUCAGACGAGCGGCGGCAGAAUCUGUGGUUCUCAUGAAGAACCAGGACAACGUUCUGCCUCUGAAGAAAGAGAAGUCCAUUCUGGUCAUUGGGCCAAACGCUAAGACUGCCGCGUACUGCGGCGGCGGAUCAGCGUCACUGGAUGCAUACUACACCGUGACACCGUUCGAAGGUGUCUCCGCCCAGAGCCAGGGCGAGGUCAAGUUCUCACAGGGUGUCUACUCAUACAAGGAACUGCCCUUGCUCGGUCCUCUGCUGAAGACGGACGAUGGCAAGAAGGGCUUCAAGUUCCGCGUGUACAACGAGCCCCCUUCGGAACCCAACCGCCAGAUCGUCGAUGAACUGCACCUUGUAUCGUCCAGCGGCUUCCUGAUGGACUACAAGCACCCCAAGAUCAAGUCCUUCACCUUCUACGUUGACAUGGAGGGCUACUUCACACCGGAAGAAGACGGUAUCUACGACUUUGGGGUGACAGUGGUGGGCACCGGUAAACUGUUCAUCGACGACGAGCUCGUCGUCGACAACUCUAAGAACCAGCGGCAGGGCACCGCUUUCUUUGGCAACGCCACCGUGGAAGAGCAAGGCUCCAAGGAACUCAAGGCCGGCCAGACCUACAAGGUUGUCCUGCAAUUCGGCAGCGCCCCAACAUCCGACCUCGACAUGCGCGGCGUUGUCAUCUUCGGCCCGGGAGGAUUCCGCUUCGGUGCCGCCCGUCGCGUCGGCCAGGAGGAACUCAUCUCCAAGGCGGCGGAGCUAGCCUCCCAGGCCGAGCAAGUCGUCAUCUUCGCCGGUCUCACCAGCGAAUGGGAGACGGAGGGCCACGACCGUGAUCACAUGGAUCUGCCCCCCGGCAGCGACGAGAUGAUCAGCCGCGUGCUGGACGCGAACCCGAACGCGGUGGUGGUCAUCCAGAGCGGCACCCCGGUCACCAUGCCCUGGGCAAACACGGCCAAGGCUCUGCUACAGGCCUGGUUCGGCGGCAAUGAAUGCGGCAACGGCAUUGCAGACGUCCUCUACGGUGACGUCAACCCCUCCGCCAAGCUCCCGCUGACCUUCCCCGUCCGCCUCCAGGAUAACCCAUCCUACCUGAACUUCCGCUCCGAGCGCGGCCGCGUCCUCUACGGUGAGGACGUGUAUGUUGGAUACCGCUACUAUGAGAAGGUCGACCUGCCCCCUCUCUUCCCCUUCGGCCACGGACUCUCCUACACAACCUUCUCCCGCUCCGAUCUAUCCCUCACCACCAGCCCCGAGAAGCCCCAGCUGGAAGACGGCGAGCCCAUCACUGCCACUGUCUCCGUGACCAACACCGGCAGCGUAGCCGGCGCCGAGAUUGUUCAGCUGUGGGUGGCCCCGCCGCCGACGGGGGUGAACCGCCCCGUGCGGGAACUCAAGGGAUUCGCCAAGGUGUUCCUAGAACCCGGUGAGACAAAGCAGGUCGAGAUCGUGGUGGAGAAGAAGCUGGCGACGAGCUGGUGGGACGAGCAGCGUGAGAAGUGGGCUUCGGAGAAGGGGACGUACGAGGUGCUAGUGACGGGGACGGGCGACGAGGUGCUCAAGUCUUCUUUUGAGGUCGGGAAGACGCGGUACUGGCUGGGAUUGUAG